AUGCCACCUGUCCGGCAACCUGGCGGCACCGUCCUGGUGCGCGCAUCCACGUCAGCAGCUGAAUCAUCCCCUCUUUUCCUGGGAUUUGAUUUUGGAACGUCCGGGGCGCGUGCUGUUGUUAUUGAUGGCGACGCGACCAUUCUUGCUGACGUCAAGAGGAAAUACCCUCCUGCAGCCCAUGCUGAGUCAGCAUCCGAGUCAUCAAUGGGCGGCACCGACCCGGACAGUGACGUGUCAGCAGCGGAGGGGUGGCGGGCGGCGUUGUUUGGACUGUUGCGCGACAUUCCCGAGGAGUUGAGGCGGCGAGUGGCGGCAGUAUCGCUGGACGGCACGUCCGCCACCACCAUGGUCGUCAGCCGCACCCCUGCCCCCAGCGCACCUUCCCGCUCCCCUCCCACCCCUCCUUUUCAGCUGGGCUACGACCCUGAGAGCAGCACCUAUCCGGACUGGCUGCUCGCGCUGCCCUUGGCGCCCAUGCUGCCACGCGUGCUGCCGCCCGGCUCGCUCAUUGGCACCGUGGGGCCACAGCUCACAGCCGAGCUUGCCCUCCCGCCCGACUGCAUCGUCACCACCGGCACCACCGACAGCAUUGCGGCCUUCCUGGCCGCGAGGGUAACUACCCCCGGGUAUGCCGUCACCUCGCUCGGGUCUACCCUCGCCGUCAAGCUCGUCAGCACUGCGCGAAUCGACGAUGCCCGCUUCGGCGUAUACAGCCAUCGCUUGCCGCCCGGAAAUUGGGCGCCGCCCGGGGUGGAUAACGAGGGGGAGAUGGAGCAGGAAGGUGUGGCAGAAGAGGACAAGGAGUGCAAGUGGCUGGUCGGCGGGGCGUCGAAUACGGGCGGCGCAGUGCUGCGGGAGCAUUUUACAGACGAGCAGCUGAGGGAGCUGAGUGUAAAAAUAGACCCAAGUGUAGAGAGUAAACUCGAUUACUACCCACUUACUCGCCCUGGAGAGAGGUUCCCUGUGUCCGACCCUGACCUGCAGCCUCGCUUGACUCCUCGCCCUGCUGACGACGCUCUCUUCCUGCACGGCAUUCUUGAGUCCAUAGCCACCAUCGAGGCCAGGGCAUACUCGUUAUUAGCUGACUUGGGAGCGUCGCCGCCAGUGAAGCGGGUGUACACAGCAGGGGGAGGCGCAGGCAACCCCACAUGGAGUGCCAUCAGGGAGCGAGUGAUGGGCGUGCCUGUGGCCCCAUCAGGCAACACCGAUGCUGCGUUUGGUUCCGCACUGCUCGCUAGAGAAGGAUUUUUGAGACACAUGGCGAAAUAA